CUUUCCUUUCUAAAAUCUACCAUGAAGUUGAUGAUUGUCGACGCAUUUACUGAAAAAGCCUUUGGGGGCAAUCCAGCAGCCGUUUGCUUAGUAGAAAGAGAAGAAUUGAGUGAAGAAUUAAUGCAGAAAAUAGCCCAAGAGAUGAACUUGUCGGAAACUGCCUUUGUCUUCGGAAACGAUUUCGAUGGACAAGAUCAGUUUGAUUUACGUUGGUUUACGCCCAAAAUGGAAGUUGACUUGUGUGGUCACGCUACAUUAGCAACAACAGCUGCAUUACUACACGGCAUCGGUAAUAAGAAUAAAAAACUUACUUUUAAGACAAGAAGUGGCCCUUUAACUGCUAUAUACGAUGGAGAAUACUUCCAUAUUAAUUUACCAUUAAAUCCCCCUGUUGAAGAAGACCCCUCAAAGUAUCAAACAUUAUUAGAGGCAGCCCUACCCCCUGAUCUUUUAAAAACAAUUCAUUCAACACAUUUUUCUAGUAAAACGGGUAAACUGUUGGUUCGUUUAGCUGACAAUAUUGAUAGCGAGCGCCUGCGCAACUUGAAAGUUGACACUGUUAAAGUUGAAGGUAGCGACCAAACUGGCCAAGUUUCCGGCUUAAUUAUAACGCUACUUUCUUCCGGCAAUCCAUACGAUUUUAUUUCACGUUACUUUGCUCCCUGGAAAGGUAUACCAGAAGAUCCAGUAACGGGAGCGGCUCACACUGUACUAGCAUCCUAUUGGAGUAGAGAAUUGAAAACAGAUCGACUUAAAGCCAGACAGUCGUCACCCAGGGGAGGCGAUUUAUUGCUUGCCAUUGAGCCCAAUGGACGCUUGGACGUCGCCGGUAAAGCCGCCAUCGUUCUCAAAGGAACUAUCGACGUUUGA